CAGCCACUCCCCUCUAACCUGUCUCACCAACUCACAUCUAGAAGCAAUUUCUCUCUCUCUCUCUCUCUCUCUCUCUCUCUCUAUCCUUCUCUCUCUCUAUCUCUCUCUUUCCUUCUCUCUCUCUCAUUCUAUCUCUCUCACAGAGAGAGAGAGAGAGAGAGAGAGAGAGAGAGUCAAAAGGCUACAUAUAAAACCAAGCUCACCAAGUUUUUGCAAGGGCCGGCCUUAAUGUACUUGUAAACAAACAAGAAAACAAAAACCAUUUGCAACAGCUAUAGCAGCAACUAUAGUUUGUAGCUACUUGUAAUUCCACUCAAAUGGGAAGGUCUCCUUGCUGUGAGAAAGCUCACACAAACAAAGGAGCAUGGACCAAAGAAGAAGAUGAUCGUCUAAUCUCUUAUAUCCGAGCACACGGCGAAGGCUGCUGGCGAUCGCUCCCGAAAGCCGCAGGCCUUCUACGGUGCGGCAAGAGUUGCCGCCUCCGCUGGAUCAACUAUCUCCGCCCCGACCUCAAACGCGGCAACUUCACCGAAGAAGAAGACGAGCUCAUCAUCAAACUCCAUAGUCUUCUUGGAAACAAGUGGUCUCUGAUAGCCGGGAGAUUACCAGGAAGAACGGAUAAUGAGAUAAAGAACUACUGGAACACUCAUAUAAGAAGAAAGCUUUUGAACAGAGGGAUUGACCCUGCAACUCACAGGCCAAUCAACGAGGCAGCAGCUCAGGAUGCCACCACUAUAUCUUUUGCUGCUUCUGCUGUGAAAGAAGAAAAACCCACAAUUGGAAUAUUUGGGGGAUCAAAAGACAUGACCAAAAUCCCUGACUUGAACCUUGAGCUUAGGAUUAGCCCUCCUUGCCAAAACCAGCCCCACGAUCAUCAUCAGCCAUUGAAGAUCAGUACAGCUGGUGGGAAGAGUUUAUGUUUUGCUUGCAGCUUGGGAUUGCAGAAUAGCAAGGAUUGUAGCUGCGGGGCUGCUAGUAUUGGUGAGUAGCAGUGAAAUUGAAACUGGGUUGAUUUGCAUGUGUAACUGAACAGAAUGGGAGAGAAAUGAGAAAAAGAGAUUGAUAUUAGUUAGAAAAUCUCUCUAAUUUUCUCUAAUUUGUAUGAUUGGUAAUGAAUAGUGAUAAUAUAGUACCAGUACAGUUGAUCAUUAUUGCUCAAUGUUUUCCCUCUAUUGGUCUAUUCAAUGUUUUCUGUUUUUAUU